AUGGCGCUGUUUUCAGCAGCAGCAAAAGGAGACUUCCUGAAGAUACAAUCAUUAAUCGACUCGGAGGACAAGUCAGAGGAUUCGGGAGGAGUUGAUGUAAACUGCACGGAUGCAUCCGGCAAGACGGCCCUCCACAUUGCUUCGGAAAACGGACAUUUGCAAACGGUUAAAUGCCUUACCAAUCAUGGAGCAAAGGUGAAUGUGGUCGAUGCUAACCUACAGACAUCGGUUCACUUAUGCUCAAAGAAAGGCCAUCGUCGUGUGGUAGAGCUGUUAGUGAACGGAGGAGCAGAUAUUGAUAUUGGUGACAAAGAUGGGUUUACAGCUCUGCACAUAGCAUCAUUGGAGGGUCGUCUUGAUAUUGUCAAAUACCUCGUUAGUAAAGGGGCAGACCUGGGAAGACUUGCUAUUAAUUACUGGACACCUCUACUCAUUGCUUUAGACGGUGGACAUCUUGACAUUGCAGAGUACCUUUUGACAGAAGGAGCCAACAUUAACACAUAUGGUGGCCAACUUGACAUUGCAGAGUACCUUUUGACAGAAGGAGCCAACAUCAACACAUGUGGCAAAGGUGGAUAUACAGCACUACAUGAUGCAUCACAAACUGGUAAUAUUGGUGGGGUGGAAUUUCUAACCAGUCAAGGAGCAGAGCUGGAUAGAAGCAAUGACGAUGGUUGGUCCGCACUUAGUUUGGCUUCAUUUGGUGGACGCCUAGACAUUGUCAAAGUUCUCGUUAACGAAGGGGCACAGCUUGACAAAUGUGACGAUACCGACCGGACACCCUUGUCUUGUGCUUCUCAAGAAGGCCAUCUUGAAGUCGUCGAGUAUAUCAUGAACAAAGGAGCAGACAUUGAAAUUGGUGAUAAAGAUGGGUUGACAGCUCUGCACAUUGCAUCAUUCGGGGGUCAUCUUGAUAUUGUCAAACACCUUGCUAGCCAUCUUGAAGUCGUAGAGUAUAUCGUGAACAAAGAAGCAGGCAUUGAUAUUGGUAAUAAAGAUGGUUUGGCAGCUCUGCACAUUGCAUCAUUCAGGGGUCAUCUUGAUAUUGUCAAGUACCUCGUUAGUAAAGGGGCAGAGCUUGACAAAUGUGACAAAAAUGACAGGACACCCUUGUACUGUGCUUCCCAAAAAGGUCAUCUUGAAGUCGCCGAGUAUAUCGUGAACAAAGGAGCAGGCAUUGAUAUUGGUGAUAAAGAUGGGUUGACAUCUUUUCACAUAGCGUCAUUGAAGGGUCAUAUAGAGAUGGUCAAAUACCUCGUUAGUAAAGGGGCAGACCUAGAGAGACUUACUAAUGAUUACGGGACACCUAUACACCUUGCUUUAGACGGUGGCCAUUUUGACAUUGCAGAGUACCUUUUGAAAGAAGGAGCCAACAUUAACACGUGUGGUAAAGGUGGAUGUACAGCACUACAUGCUUCAUCACAAACUGGUAAUAUUGAUAGGGUGAAAUUUCUAACCAGUCAAGGAGCAGAGCUUGAUAGGAGCACUGACGAUGGUUGGACCGCACUUAGUUUGGCUUCAUUUGGGGGACACCUCGACAUUGUCAAAGUUCUCGUUAACGAAGGGGUAGAGGUUGACAAAGCACCCAGAAGCGGGAUGACACCCUUGUGUCUUGCAACAGGAGGAGGCCAUCUUGGUAUUGUCGAGGUCUUACUGAACGUAGGAGCAAAUAUUGUCAAGGUACUUGUUAGUAAAGGGGCACAGCUUGACAAAUGUGACAAAAACGACAGGACACCCUUGUCUUAUGCUUCUCAAGAAGGCCAUCUUGAAGUCGUCGAGUAUAUCGUGAACAAAGGAGCAGACAUUGAAUUUGGUGAUGAAGAUGGGUUUACAGCUCUUCACAGAGCAUCAUGGGAGGGUCAUUUCGAUAUUGUCAAAUAUCUCGUUAGUAAAGGGGCAGACCUGGGGAGACUUGCUAUUGAUUACUGGACACCUCUACUCCUGGCUUUAGAUGGUGGCCAUCUGGGUAUACAUGACUAUCUUUUGAAAAGAGAAGCAACAAAGAUCGUUAAGCCAUUCAUUGGGUUUGAAGAGGAGUACUCUGACUACCUUCGCAGUACUUUUGGUGGUGAUGCUUUCCCUAGCUAUAUGCCCCAAUCCUCGCGACCAUACGAUCCAUAUCUUACCAAUCCACGAGACAGCUCUAUCUCCACGAGAAAGAGCAUCAAAGAAAAGACAAUGAUUAUAAGUCUCGACGAGUACAGCAUCAAGGUUUUACUUUCACCCGAAGAUCUGGACAAAGCCAAAUAUAUCACAGCAGAAGCAUUGCCAAGGAUUCCACCUGACUUAAAGCUGGAAAAAGACGAAGUUGUCAUCUCAGUUGGGCUUAAGCUUUCCCCUCCUGGUCUUCAGUUUAAAACUCCGGUGGAAGUCACGGUCUCACAUAGCGCUAUUUUCAGCAACCCAGACAAGGCAGAAAUUGUGCUAUACACCCGAAGGACUGGAUCUGAUGAAUUUUCAAGGAUAGUUCCUGCUUCUGACAAAGCUGCUCGGUGUGUAGUCGCAAAGAAUCACCUUACUCUGUACAUAGACCAUUUCUCAGAAUGGUGGAUUAUCUCCUUAAUCAGGAGAUACUUCAUCGGUAAGCGGCUCAUCUGUACGCCAUACGCUCCCCUGUCAACAUCUAGAGACAUCAUGAACAGCAUCUUGCUCAUCAUUAAAGACGACUUCUGUGGAGUGAAAGAGGUAGUUUUAUUAUGA